AUGCCCUCUCGUAGGACCGCGCAAAACUCGCAGCCGGCUUGGGCCGAAUUGAGCAGACGGGGGGCCGCUGAGAUCCUGAAGGUGGAGCAGGUCUCGAAAGACCUGUUCGUGCUCACCCUGACCCGGCGUAACAAGUCCAACCUCUUAGCUGAGGGCAUCGACAGGCUCGACUCCGGCCGCGAAGAAGCCGGUCUCAUCUUGUACAAUCUCCAGACAUGGGCGCCAGACGUGGCAGAGCGGUUCCAACCCCGGACGUCGGACGUCAUCCUCGACACGCCGUUCCGCCUGAUCUGCUCGAGCCCUUCAGGCAUCCCGUUCGACGGCGCCUUCGCCAUCAGACAGUACCUGGCGAUCAGCUACAGCUGGCACAGCACCGAUUGGAACUGUCCCGGCACGCCGCACUCGGCCCCUGAGCCCGGUGGCCUGUGGCCCAUCGGCAAGCGCUUCGCGGACGCGAUCCUGGGGCUGCGCGGGCACCCUCGGGAGGGCAUCUGGAUGGACCAGAUCUGCAUAGACCAGGAUAAUGAUGAUGAGAAGCAGAGGGCCAUUGCGUGCAUGGACAUCGUCUACAAGUCGUGCCGGCGACUGGUCGUGCUCCUUGAGGAUGUUGAGCUCACGGAUGACGAGGUUGCCCUGUGCAGGCGGUAUGACGUCCCUGAUUUGCGCUUUAAUAUCGGUGCACAACGGACAGACAGUGAGACCGCCGUACUCAUCUCUCUGUUUGACAAGGUAGCCAGGGCACGGUGGUGGAAGCGGGCCUGGUGCUUCCACGAGUUCGUCGUCGGGGAGCCUUGGUCCAACAAGAGACACCAGGAGGUGCACAACACCGUCUUUGUCCUGGGACAUGGGGUAGACAAAACCAUCUCCAUACAGUGGCUAACACUGCACUCGAUCCUGGCGACGGUGGUGAUCGAGGUUGACCACGAUACGCCAGACAGCGUCUAUGUCAGCCCGAUUCUGUCGGGGCUCGACGACCGCACGUCUCCGCUCCGCGACAGCCCUGAUCGCAAGGCCGGGGCGACCAGGGCCAGUUUCAUGGGGAGGUUCAACAGCGUUGCUCAGACGAAAUGCUUAAAGGCGGGUGAUCGGCUCAGCGUGUGCAUCAAUCUACUUGGCCUUGGCCUAGCCUACGUCCGGGGUGAGGAGCCCACCGAGGACGAGGUAUACUAUCUGGCGGUCAUGUUAGCGUUGGCGGCUGGGGAGAAGGCUCCGUUGUCUUUCGCCUACGUGGAGCCGCUGAUGCUGGGCGGGACUCAGUCAUGGCUGAUGAGGCCCAUAACGGCAACGGACACGACACUCCGCAAGUUCACUCUCGGAGAUAUGGAAGGCAUCCACAGCAUCUCACCGGACCGGCUGGAGCUAGAUCUAGUCUUCUUCAGACACUCCUUCGAAAGCCCCACCGAAGAGGAACUAAGCAAAACCUUUACCGUCUUCCCAGAUGCGAUCAAGAGCACGCCUCCGCCCCUCAAGAGAAUAGGGCCCAACCCCAUGCAAGGCCACCGACCCGAUGAGGAAUUAGAAAAACCUCGUCGGCAAUUCUUGGCGUCCGUCAUUGCCGGAGGGCGCGGCCUGGCUAGCCGCCUGUGGGCGCAGCUAGAGCGCGACGUGGUGAAGUACAACUACAACACCGGCAUUUUCGCAGAUUUCCAGUCCAACCAAGAUCUUCGAUCGAGCGCGGAGAGCCUCAUGAAGCUGCUGACCUGCGACGGGCUCAAAGAGGACAACUCCGAGGACAAUUUCACUGUUGAAGCUGCUCUCGCCUUCCUGACAUGGAUCACGGACCCGCGGUCUAUCUACUGGAUCUCGUGGUCCACCUCGCGGGCCGCGUGCAGCCGAGAUGGCGAGCAGGCACUCACGACCGGGUUCUCUGCGACCAAGAAUUUCUGGUCCAUGAUUACGGACGAGACGACGCCGGUCGUGGUGGCGGUCCCUACGGAUUUGCUAGAGGUGGAUUGCUCGUUGACAAGGGCGUGGGUCUUGGUGCAAGUGGGUGGCGAGCAGGAAGAAGUGGCGUGGAAGGUCGUAGCAAAGUGUUUGUUGUUGGGGAACACCGAUUUAGCCAAGGAAGUGAGGAAGACAGAAAACGGUGAACAUUCUGAAGCGGCUGUAGAGUUGAAGAAGAGACAGGUUGUUUUGGGGUGA